GUAGAAAGAUGGAGAUUGACGCUCAAGGACGAGAUUUGCACUCUGAAAGUCCGCGUGUCAUAAUAUUUCUAGUCGCGGUUUUCGCUACAUAAGAUAUGGACAGCAGAUCCGUUUUUUACUGGUGCAUGUGUAACUGCUGAGAAUUCUUCGCCUGAAAUAGACAAAUAUUUUUCCUCAUUUGGAUACCAUUUGCAACAUCGCUUGACAGGUGAGGUGUUUUGUUUUGGACAUCUACUUACGCAAAAUGCUUUGUGAUUAUAUGCAAAACCUUCUGAACACAUCUCCUUACUCAGUACUUAUUACAGCAAUAGUUAUCCUAUUGACUUUCAUUUACUACAUUACAAGAGACAGGGGACUACCUCCUGGGCCCACUGGAAUACCUUUAUUGGGAAUUUAUCCAUUCCUGAAGGAGAAAAAUUUGCAUCUGCAGUUGGAAGAGUACAAAAAGAAGUAUGGAGACAUCUUUUGCUUCAGAGUGUGUAGUCAGCUGUUCAUCAAUCUGGGAAGUCUGAAGCUGAUCCGAGAAGCCCAUCUUUCUAAAUCUGAAUAUUUUAAUGGCAGAUGCACUGAUUUCAAUGUAUUUGCUAUGAUAUUCGACGGCGGUGUCGUUUUUAUGAAUGGUGAGCCAUGGAAAGUUCUUCGAAAAUUCUUCCUUAAUGUUUUUAAAGACAUCGGUAUGACCUCUAUGAAAGGUAACUUGACAGGAGCCACUUACGAUAAUAUCAGCUCCUUUACAGAUGACCUGCGUAAUCGAAACGGUGAGCCAGUUGAUGUCAUCAACUUGGUGAAUAACAAGUGUUUGAGCACUGUGCGUAUGACAUUUUUGGGAGAAGAUGGCAUCACAGAUGAUGAGCUGCGAAACUUUAUGGAAGCAUAUGCUUUAUCACUGGAAGCUAUGGAAGGAACUGGAACACUUCUUUAUGGAAAAAUAGCAAGGUAUUUGAUCCUUCCUUCCAAAUCUGGUGGUCGCAAUUUAAUUUCCUCCCAGAAGCGUAUGGAAGAUAUCUUAUCUAAAGUAAUAGAUCGACAUGAGAAGACUCUUGAUGAAAAUCACAUUCGGAACAUAAUUGAUGCUUAUUUGAAAGAGAGGAAUGAGCGAAGACGAAAAGGAGAUCCUACAGCUGAAUAUUUCACAAAAAAAGCUCUAAAUGGCUCACUUGCUCAGUUCAUUGGAGAUGGUCACCUAGCUGUUGUUGGCUUUAUUGGAUUGUACUUCCUGUACUUGGUGAAGUAUCCAGAAGAACAAGAAAAAAUAUACAAAGAAAUACUAGAAGUCGUUGGUGCAGAUAGGCAACCAAGCAUAGAAGACAAAAGCAAUCUACCCUAUACCAACGCAUUCAUAUAUGAAGUUUUAAGAUCAGCAGAGUUUGUCCCCUUUUUUCCUAGCCUCUUGUGCACAAGGGAAGCUAAUUUGAGAGGUUAUAGAAUUCCUAAAGGAUCUAUAACUUUGACCAAUUUCUGGUCAUCUUACCAUGAUCCUGAAACUUUCGAAGAUCCAUAUAAGUUUGAUCCAUCUAGAUACUUAUCGUCUGCAGGUAAAACAAGAGCAGAACUUCCAAUUUCAUUUGGAACAGGCAAACGUUCUUGUUUGGGAGAAGCUUACGCUAUGACUCAAGUUUUCCUCUUCCUUACACCUGUUGUCCAAAACUUUCGCCUGGCUUUACCCGAAGGAGAAGAUUAUUCCACAACUGCAUUCUCACUGAAGUUGAAAAUCAGCGCAAUUCCUCGAUAAUUAACUGAAGGAGAAACUGAACAGUAACUGGAACUUUAGCCUAAUGUAUUAAGAAAUACUGGCUAUUGCUUCGAGAAGACCUACAUAUUGAGUUACACAAAUUUUUAUCUUUUAAUUUUUAUUACCAAGAUCACGUAUACAAAUUAUUAUCAAAAUGGCUUUGUUAGUUUUCCUGCUGUUUAAUUGUUUACAUAGUUUAGCAUAUUCAAAAAGUUUUUUUAAUGUUUUUCGAAUUUAAGAAAUUUGUUCUACCCCAGAUGGUAUAAGAAAAAUUUUCGGUAGCAUCAAAUUCGGCUAAGCCAACAUUUGGCUUACCGAACUGCAAUUUUAAAUUCAUGUAAACGUGCGUGUACUUAUAUGUAUGUGUAAAACAAGGGGGUCUGUGUUUAUUUGUAAUACCUUUAACUUCCCCUAUUUAACUCUUCAAUGCAUGAUUUCAGUUUAUGAAAAUUUAAAUAAAAAUGACAUAUCAAA